AUGGAACAACUAUUUGCCUUACCUGAUACCAUUGUAUCACCUUCAAACUAUGACAAAUCCGAUAUCAAUCUUAGUGGUAGGAUCCUCAAUGUCAUGACUAACAUCCCCAAUCAAAUCUUCAAGAAUUAUAAUGAUGAAUGGGACGUAGAACCUAUCAGAGGUAACUCCUCGCUUUAUUCAUCUUAUUUCUUCUUGAAUCAACAUUCUGAUUGGGAAAGUCAUCUUAUUGGUUGGACAGGUGAGUUAGUUAAUAAGCAAAAUGGUAGAAAUUAUGUUGCCAGCGAUAAUAUCAAGGAAGAUCCAUUAUAUUUAUCCGAACAAGAUAAACUGGUGAUUGAAGAUAAAAUCAGGAAAAUCAAUAAAACCGAUAAUAUCCAUCCAAUUUGGCUUUUAAGAAGAGAUCAAGAACGUUGGAGAAGAUACGCUGAAAAUUAUUUAUGGCCAGUAUUCCAUUAUAUUCAAAGUCAACCAACUGACGGUAAGAAAGAGAGUGAUGGUUGGUAUGAUUAUGUCAAGUUUAACGAAAGUUACUUACAAAAAAUCAAAUCUAUUUAUAAACCCGGUGAUAUAAUUUGGAUCCAUGAUUAUAAUUUACUUCUUUUACCUCAAUUGUUAAGAAUGGAAUUUCCUGAUGCCUUUAUAGGGUUUUUCCUUCACGUUCCAUUCCCUAGUUCAGAAUAUUUUAGAUGUAUACCUAAAAGAUCCCAAUUAUUAGAUGGAAUGUUGGGUUCUGAUAGAAUAGUUUUCCAAUCUGACUCUUUCCAAAGACAUUUCAUCAGUUGCUGUGCCAGAGUUUUGGGUUGUGAAAUAAAAAACCAUAGUGUUUUAGCUUAUGGUUCUUCAAUUGAGACUUCAGUAUUACCCAUUGGUAUAGACACCAAAAAGAUCGAGCUUGAUAGUUUUAAUAGUACCAUUGAUGAGAAGAUCAAUGCAUUGAGGGAGAUCUAUUCCGACAAGAAAAUUAUUGUUGGUAGAGAUCGUUUAGAUUCCGUCAGAGGGGUGGUGCAAAAAUUACAAGCUUUUGAAAUGUUCUUACAAAUGUUCCCUGAAUGGAGAGAUCAAGUUGUUCUUAUUCAAGUUUCCAGUCCUACAUUUUCAUCUCAUGCUUUGAAAGUUGAAAAGAAGGUUAGUGAAUUGAUUAACCAAAUCAACGGGACUUAUGGUACAUUGAAUCAUACGCCUGUAUUACAUUACCAAAUAAGAAUCAAUAAGGAUGAAUAUUUAGCAUUAUUAAGAGUUGCCGACUUAGCCUUGGUGACUUCAGUUAGAGAUGGAAUGAAUACUACCGCUUUAGAGUAUGUUGUUUCUCAAAAGGAGAAUUAUUCUCCUUUGAUUUUGAGUGAAUUCACCGGUACUGCCUCCGUUUUGAGUGAUGCUAUUCUCAUCAACCCUUGGGAUUCUGUAGGAAUCGCUAGAACCAUUAACCAAUGUUUAUUGAUGUCCAAAGACGAUAAAAAGGCUUUACAAAAGAAAUUAUAUAACAAAGUCUGCCAAAACACCAUUCAAAAUUGGACAGACAAUUUCUUAAGCGGUCUUAUCAAUCAAUUGGCUCAUACUCAUAAAUCAAGUUACACUCCAGCUUUGAACAGACCCAACUUAUUGAAUCAUUACAAUAAACUGCAUCGUAGAUUAUUCUUAUUCGAUUAUGAUGGGACUUUAACUCCAAUUGUCACUGAUCCCGAAGCAGCUAUCCCUAGUAAGAGAUUGGAUAGUAUCAUCGAUUCAUUAUCAGCCGACCCAAAGAAUCAAAUUUGGUUAAUCAGUGGAAGAGACCAAAGAUUCUUGAGUAAAUGGUUUGGUCAUAAACAUGUAGGGUUAUCGGCCGAACAUGGAUGUUUUAUGAAAGAUAUUGGUAGUGAAGAUUGGGUUAAUUUAUCUGAAAGCUUUGACAUGUCGUGGCAAAAGGAGGUUGAAGAUAUCUUCAAAGAUUUCACCGAUCAAACGCCAAAUUCCAAUAUUGAAAAGAAGAAAGUGGCUUUAGUAUGGCACUAUAGAAGAGCCGAUCCCGAAUUAGGAAUUUAUCAAUCAGAAAAAUUAAUGGAACACUUAAAAGCCACUGUGGGUGAAAAAUACGAUAUUGAAAUUAUGGCUGGUAAAGCCAAUAUUGAAGUUAGACCAAAAUUCGUCAAUAAAGGGGAAAUCGUCAAAAGGUUGGUGCUUCAUCCUCAUGGAUCUAAACAACUUCCAAAACCUAUAACUGAUCAUAACUAUGAUUUAGAAAGUGAUAAAGUACCUGAUUUCAUCCUUUGUCUUGGAGAUGAUUUGACCGAUGAAGAUAUGUUCAAGAGUUUAAAACAAAUCGAAACCAACUGGAAUUUGAAAAAUUUCCCCAAGAAUUCCUUCGGAGCUUACGGAGUUUAUCCUGUAGCUGUGGGGCCCCCAACAAAACAAACUAUAGCCACCUCACAUUUGUCUGAUCCUUCUCAAGUCUUGGAAACUUUAGGACUUUUGACUGGACAUGUUUCUUUAUUCGAAAGUGCUGGGUCUGUGGAAUUAGAUGAUAGAGGUCAUGUAGAGAACAGUGAAUCAUCUAUAAGUUCUAAAGCCAGAGCUGCUAAAAUGAUAAAAGACAAAUCUAUUUAA